AUGGACUACCCGGACUCACACGCCGUUGUGAUGGCCGGCGUUUCAGACCUGCACAUCAUGCGCUUCGACCAAGUAUUUGCCAAAACGGGCCAUGUUUUGCUGAGGCAUACGGCAGAAGGGAGCCAUGUCGGAAAGCCAUACAAUGGGAUUAAAGCAACGAACAGGCACGCCGUGUGGAAAAGAUUCAAAGUUUCACCAAGGGCUGGGAGCAGAAGACCUUGCAGAUCCAACUGGGCAGGGCUUCUCGUCACCGAGAGCAGUGAUCCAGGAUGGAAUGCAAAGGCUCUUGCAGAACCAGAAACGUCUUGGAGGAGGAAAGAUUGA